CCGGAACAACAACAUUUGGAUAUGAAAAAGUUGUAUAUUGGCGUGAUACCUCUUCAGGAAUGAAAACUAUACCUUAUUUCUUAGCAAAAAGUAUUGCAGACAUUCCACGGAUCUUAUUAGCUGCGCUGAUGUUUUCAUUAUCGUUUAUAUUAUUUUAUUCAUAUCUGUCAAGUUUCCGGGACAUUUAUGUGAUUGUUUUACUUACUUAUAUUGCGGCAUGGCAAAUAGAAAAAUUAGGAUUAGUUGGUACGGGAGUUGCUCUUGCUUUUGGUAUGGUUUUAAGUGGAUCAACUCCUAGAUUGGAUGACAUUAAAGAAAAUGAUAGCCUGAAAUGGAUUUAUUGGCUAUGGUCUGUUGAAGCAUUAUAUCUUAAAGAAUUAGAUCCAAGAAAGUAU